AUGGCGAUGUGCGAGGACGUGCUGCUCUGCAACUUCGCCAAGUGCCGGGCCAAGCUGUCGGGCUUCGCCUGGGUCACCGCCUGCUCGCACGUCUUCUGCGACCAGCACGGCAGCGGCGAGUUCAGCCGCUCGCCUGCCCUGUGCCCGGCCUGCAAGAGCGCCCUGGCCGGCAAGCUGGACAUUGUCCGCACCGAGCUCAGCCCCUCGGAGGAGUACAAGGCCAUGGUGCUGUCCGGCCUGCGGCCAGAGCUCAUCCUGGACAUCGCGUCCCGCGCACUGGCCUUCUGGACCUACCAGAUCCACCAGGAGCGGAUGUACCAGGAGUAUGCCUACGGCAAGGCGGAGGGCCGGCUGCGGCAGGUGGAGAAGCUCUACACCCAGCAGAUCCAGGGCAAGGACAUGGAGCUGGGCAACAGUCGCGGCGAGGUCUCCUCCCUCAAGAAGCUGCUGGAGGAGUACAAGAAGAAGUACAGCGAGGUCUCGGAGAGGCUCAUGGAGAGGAACAGGCAGUACCAGAAGCUGCAGGGCCUGUACGACAGCCUGCGCCUCCGCAGCAUGGCCGUGAGCGGGGAGGGGGACGCGCCGGCGCCGGCGGCGGUGUCCGGACCUCCCGGAGCCCUCUACGGGCUGCCUUUCGCCCCCACAGGCUCUAGCCACAAUAAGGCCCAGAUCCUGAUGCUGAAGGGCAAAGCGCUCAAUGUGGUAGCAGACUACAGGCCGCAGGCUGAGGAAGCCCUGUCCAAGGCUGUCAAGUUGGACCCCGGCCUGGUAGAGACCUGGAACCAGCUGGGAGAGGUGUACUGGAAGAAGGGGGACAUCUCAGCUGCAAAAACCUGCUUCUCCGGAGCACUCAACCACUGUAAGAACAAAGUGUCGCUCCGCAACCUGUCCAUGGUGCUGCGCCAGAUACACGCACAAGGCGAUGACUAUUCCAAGAAUGUCUUUGCAAGCGUGGAGCAAGCAAAACUGGCUGUUCAGAUGGACGCCAAGGAUGGCACAUCGUGGUAUAUCCUUGGCAAUGCCUACCUGUCUCUGUUCUUUGUUACCGGGCAGGAUCCUCGAAUCUGUCAACAGGCACUGAGUGCGUAUGCGCAGGCUGAGAAAGUGGACCCUGCUUCUCGCAGUAAUCCUGACCUGCACCUCAACAGAUCCACGCUGUACAAGUACGGGGAGAGGUACACCGAGGCCUUGCUGGGAUUCUCGCGGGCCGCGGCCCUGGAUCCGGCCUUGACCGAGCCUCUCGUCCGGGAGCAGCAGCUGCUGAAGUUCCUGGGCAGGCUCGACACCUUGGUCCAGCAGAAGGGCCUGUUAAAGGCAAAGAGGCUGAACAACCUCAUAGCCGGCGUUCAGAACAAGGAGCUCCGCCUGUACAAGGAGUGGUCCUACACCACGGCCGGUGGUCAACACGCCCCCUUGACCCUCAAAUCGCUGCGCUCCCUCAAUCCCGGAAAGAACACCGGAGCCGUGGUGGUUGGGAAGGUCGUCUUCAGCCUGACCGAUGAGGAGAAAGUCCCGUUCACCUUCGGGCUGAUCGAUGGGGAGGGCAGCUGUUUGGCGGUGAUGGUGUACAACAUUGCUGAGAGCUGGGGGGUCCUGAUCGGAGACACGGUGGCUGUUCCUGAACCGCAGCUCAAACAUCACAGCAUCGAGCACACCGGCAAGUGCUUAUCCUUCAGCAGUAUCCGGGUGGAGAGUCCUCUGGUCCUGGUGGUGAACGGGAAGAAGCAGAGUUUGAGCAGCCAGGCCGCUGCGGUGGUGGCUUACAAGCCUCAGACCGAGUAGGGGGUGGUCAGGCGGCCGGAGCCCCUCUCCCCACCUCUCGGGAUUCUCCGGCACUGCUCCCUCCACCUUCAGCGUACAGUCGUCGCCUGCGCCGGCCCUGGGGGCUGUGUGGAUCUUGAAGUAUUAUCCAACUCUGGGGGCUUGGUGCUGCCGUCUGGACCCCCGAAUUGAGCCAAAGCCUUGUAGUUUGGUGGUGGGAGGCGGGGUGGGUUUGAACCUGGUUGAAGGGGAACCAACUGUCCGGAUAGAGGCCGAGUCAUUCAGUGUUAAUGGAGGGGAACUAUCGAUGGGGCAGGUCAGCUGUGGCCCAGAUGCUUGUUCAUGUGUGAGGCGUGGAAUUGAAUCGACACAGGGGUUCCAAGAGGCUAGAAUCACGCUUAGCCUUUAGAUGUUUGUCAGACUCCCACAGAUACCGCCAUUUUCCCCAGGGAACCCGGGGAGAUAUGGCCUUAUCCCACCCCCCCCCCCACAAAGACCUCCUGGAGAUAUGGCCAUAUCCCCCUUCAGGGAUCUCAUGGAGAUAUGGCCAUAUUCCACCCU